AUGGAAGAUAAAUUUGUCAAGUGGAAUCAUAACAACCAUCCUAACGUCAUUCUUAAUGUUGAUGGGAGUUGUCUUGGCUCCCCCACUAGAACUGGUUAUGGAGGAAUUCUUAGAAAUGAUGCAGGCUUUUACUUGUAUGGGUUUUCCGGAUAUAUCCAUGAUUCUUCUGUCAUUCUUUAUGCUGAGCUCUAUGUCAUCUAUCAGGGCCUCUCGCUAGCCAACGAGAAGGGUAUUGUUGAUCUUUUUUGCUAUUCUAAUUCAUUAUUAUGUAUCAACAUCAUCACCGGCCCCCUCUUGAAGUUUCAUGCUUAUGCUGUUUUGAUUCAAGACAUAAAAGAGUUGAUGGAGCAGACUCAAGCAACUAUUAGCCACACCCUUAGGGAGAGAAACCAAUGUGCGGAUUUUAUGGUCAAGCUUGGUGCCUCGUCUAACUAUGAGUUCAUGCAUCAUGAUUUUCCACCUACGGAGCUCUUACCCCUCCUUUAG